UCUAAAAUCGACCCCAUGGCUUCUCGCAGAACCUGCGAACUCAACCUCCCACCCCGCGAAGCGCUUACGAGCCUCCUCAUCGAUCGUCUUGUCGCUCGCUGAAUUCCCAGUUUCUGUCGAGAGAGAUGGCGGAGCAUCUGGCGUCGAUCUUCGGGACGGAGAAGGACCGCGUGAACUGCCCCUUCUACUUCAAGAUCGGGGCGUGCCGGCACGGGGACCGCUGCUCCAGGCUCCACACCAAGCCCAGCAUCAGCCCCACCCUCUUGCUCUCCAACAUGUACCAGCGCCCCGACAUGAUCACCCCCGGCGUCGACGCCCAGGGCCAGCCCAUCGACCCCCGCAAAAUCCAGGAGCAUUUCGAGGAUUUUUAUGAAGAUCUGUUUGAAGAGCUGAACAAGUAUGGAGAGAUGGAGAGCCUUAAUGUCUGCGAUAACCUUGCUGACCACAUGGUGGGCAAUGUCUAUGUUCAGUUUAGAGAGGAAGAACAGGCGCAAAGGGCCCUUCAGAGCCUGAGUGGAAGAUAUUAUGCAGGCCGUCCCAUUAUUGUUGAUUACUCUCCUGUCACUGACUUCCGAGAAGCCACCUGUAGGCAAUAUGAAGAAGACAAGUGCAACCGUGGUGGAUACUGCAAUUUUAUGCAUUUGAAAAGCAUUAGCAGGGAGUUGAGGCGGCAAUUGUUUGGGAGGUAUCGACGGAGGCAUAGUCGGAGCCGGAGCCGGAGCCGAAGCCCCUAUCGGCACCGUAGCUAUGAAGAGCACUCUUAUGGAGGAAGGGGAUAUCGGAGGAGACAUGAUGAGUAUGACUAUCAUGAUAGCAGGAGCAGGAGGCACAGGAGCACAAGUCCUGGCCACCGGAGAGGGAGAAGUAGGAGUCCACAAGGAAGGAGGAAUGCCAGUCCGGUUAGGGAAGGCAGUGAGGAGAGGCGUGCCAGAAUUGAACAAUGGAACAGGGAAAGGGAAUGGCAAGAAAAUGCUAAUGUGGCCAACUCUAACCAUAACAGCAAUGGCAAUCUUGAAAAUGCUAUGAAUCAUCAUGCGAGAAGUGGGGAUUUGUGCGCUUAUCAAAAGCAGCAGCAGCCACCUUCUCAGGAUGGAGUGUAUGGAUAUUGAUUGAAUCCGAGUUAAUGGAAUUCAGUGUGCACACAUCAGGACUUAUGUCGAAGCAAAACUUCCACGGUUUUGAUGGUUCUGCUUUCUAUCUUCACUUCUACUAUUCGUGAAUUAUGUAAACCAAUAAUGAUCUUAUGUACCUUUCAAGUCUUGCAGGUCAAGGUUCUGCAUUUUCUUCAAGUGGAUUCAGUGUUUUACAUCUAUAGUUUAUCAAAAGGGAAGGAAUCAAUCCAGUUUUUUGAUCAUGGUUUCCCUGUGUGUACAGGUUGCCUGGCAGAUAGUGGAGAAUUGGGUCUGGAGGAUCUGUAGUUAUUUUGGAUCCAUCAAAGUUAUCUAAGGUCAUGUCUUGCUUUAUUUUAUGCGUAGCAGAUUGGGAACAGCGAUGUUAGUUUCUUUUUACUGCUUUGAUCAUCAUGAGGACUCGUUACUUGUAGAAUACUUACAAUCCAUAUGACAAACAGUUAAUGGCUCAUGAUAGCUAGACUUGAUUGUACGAGGAUGAAGCAAACCGACUAGUGGUGGUGGUCAUUUCGAAAGAUGCAUUUGCAUCCCGCAAUUUGACGAGCUUCCUUGGAAGUCGUUGUCCAAAUUGUAGUUUUAAUUUGAUGGGAACGCGCAUGCAAACUGAAUCAUGCCGCGGAUGUUCCUUUGGUCGACCUUGUUUUGUUCAUCAGUACAGUUUUAGUCCACGCGAGUCAGAUUCGGAUUUUCAUGGGA